AUGAAGAAACGGGAAGUCGACCGACGAUGCCAGCGCGAGGCCCGCGAACGCAAACGGUCUCACGUGGCUUAUCUCGAAAGCUUGGUGGAGCAUUUAAAGCAGCAGGAUACAAGCGGGCAGGUCGCAGCUUUGCUCAAGCAAUUGAAAAAGACGGAGGAGGAACGAGACGUGGCGAAUAAAACUUUGAAAGACAUUCAACAGCUUAUUCAACGACCUUCAAACUUGGACAAGCUUUCUCUACAAGGUGUUGGUACUACAAAGGCCAAGAUGGAUUCGGAACAUGUUGCCAGCACAAAUGAGUCCACACUGAGCACGUCAGAGGCGUAUACUCCAAUGGCGGUCAACACUGAACCUGAUCCUCUCGACAUUGAAGCCAUACCAACCAGAAUUUCUGACCUGGACAGCUUCAUAACCAUACCUAAUGAUGACUUUGACCUACACAACAUCGCUUCUUGCCCAGAAGUGGUGCAACAGAGUAGCCCAGGGGUGACAGACCGGGAUUUCUCACAAUCUACGAAGGCCAACAAACAGCAUACGGCUGCGUCUUCCAGAUCUUACGAUUGGGUCAAUCCUCGAUCUUCUUGUUGUUGUCAUGCUCUCGUGGACCGUCAAUCGGGCCAGCCCGCGGUCUGGCAAGGCAACUUUUGGAAAUUUGUCGUUGAUGUCAUGAGUGAGCGUUUCGAUUGGACGGAAGGUGUUCAGCCAGCGAACGACGUCGACUCAGAGGAUGUUCCCAUCCGCGCAAUGCUAGAAGGUUGGGAUGUCGUUGCAAAACGCGCUCCCCUGCAUCCAUCCUGGCAAAUGCUUCGCCGUAUCGACGAAGCUCUGUUCCGGCCGAUACCCAGGACCGAACGUCUGGCGAUGUUGAGGGCAAUGCAUUUGCUUCUACAAUAUCACACGGAGCCAAUUGCAGAGCGAUAUAAGCGCCUCCCUCCAUGGUACAUCUACCGACCCUCGCAACACAUCUCACAUACCUAUGCCAUUGAUUACUAUGCUUGGCCCCAUUUCCGCCAACGCUUCAUCUUUGACGAGCAUGCUUACUGUGGCAACGGUUUCUUUCGCAUGUAUCAGUACGAAAUGCGACUCUUGUGGCCGUUUGAGUUUCGUGACUGCUACACGCACGAUCUCGAGACUGGUUUGUUUAAGAUCAGUCGCCUGUUCGAUGAACGAAUCAAUAAUAUAGAUUGCUGGACAAUGGGACCCGACUUUUUCAAACGAUUUCCUGAAUUAUCGGGCGCUAUUCCUGGUUCCAUCCGCCAAAUUCCAAAAUCCCUACCACCUGCUACAAAUCAAACAGAAAGUCGAUUAGUUCUACAGAAUUGUCCAACAUCAGCCAAAGAGAUGCAGAUGGCAAGCAACACAAUUGUGGAAGAGGAAGAGGAAGAGCGACAGCGAACGGACCUGGAAUUAGACGCGGAACUGGAACAGGGCGACUGGACCAGUCUUCAUACAACAGCACCCAGUCAGACCUUUGCAGCUAGUAACGUUGAAACCCAUUCAACACAGUGGCACAGCGAGCCAGCUUUUGCUUUGCCACAGCCCGCACAAGACUGCUAUAUCCAGCAGCCAGUGUUAAACCCGACUUCCUCUUCCUCUUCUCGCGGGUGGUACAACCUUUGUGACUUUGGCUUUGACCGCGCUCUCAUGGACAACGCUAUUAUGGACGCACCCAUGUUUCCAUUCACAGCUUGA